CCAUCAUCCCGCGACAUCAAGACUCUCUUGCACAGUACACAACGCGCGGGGGACAGAGCUUCUUAGCGACGUAGCGACUGCGGCAGAGCGCUAGACAUCGCGUCUAGUGCAGCGAUAGAAUCGCCUUUGGGUGGGCAAUCGUAAUCUGUCAUUGCAUAACGACCGGUGGAGCGGCGCGGGUGUCAUCCCGGUCGCUGGGGUGUCAGUCUCGAUCGCCCUCAGGCUGUCCAUCCUAUUUCUCAGAAAUAGCUUCACACGACGAUGAGCACUCCUCUAAAGCCCACUCUCAACAUGUCGGACACUGUCAAUCCGUCACAGUGGCUCAACUUUUCACUUCCACCCCGUCCACGUCCCACUGGUCCUCAAGGUGUUCCACGGCGAUCGAGGAAGGCUGAGGGGUGGCGUGCGGGGAUCAUGUCGAGGGAACGAUACGUUCAGGCGAACUUUAGAUUCGUCCUCAAGCCGACAGAGACCUUGAGCUACGGUGCACAUUUUGCCGAUCCAGACAUCCCUCUACAUUGGCCAAACAUCUUGCAAGUCUUAGUCCCUACUUUCUCGGCAUUUUCAGUCGCACAGGGCUUCGUGUCUGAAGAUGCGGACGAUUUGUCAGUGGACGAAGAUGAACUUGAUGCAAUGCCGGAAGAGGCUGCCGAACGGAGGCGACGGGUCGAAGAGGAACGUCGGGGACGGAUGUGUCCCAUUUGUCUAGGCAAACCUGUCUCGGGGAGAAUGACAAAGUGUGGACAUAUCUUCUGCUUCCCCUGUAUCCUACACUACAUCCAGCUCUCUGACAUUCCCAAGUCGGCAAAGUGUCCGAUCUGCGGUGAUACGGUCCACGAGGGAAUGCUCAAAUCGGUCAAGUACUUGGAUGCAAAGGCCAUUAUGCAAGACGCUCGUGCGGAACAUGAAUCAGAGCAUGAGCUGGUGGUAGGCCACUUGGACGGACUCGAAGACGCUUCGGAAUCACGCUCAAACCGUCCGGAGCAGAUCUCGAUGAGAUUGAUCCAACGACCCCAGAUGACCACCCUUGCCCUCCCUGCAUCCACGACUUGGCCUUCCGAUGCAAUUCCUCCCCACACUGCGCCAUGGUACUUCUUGCCCGACGUGCUAAGUCACUCUCGCUUCAUGCUGGCUUCGCCCGAUUAUAUGCUUUCCGAACUCAACCGUGAGCUCGACGAACUCAAAAGUGAAUGGGAUUUGCUUCGUGGGGAUGACCUUGGGCGAGACUUCGUUCGAGCCGCGAAGGCCAAAGUCGAGCGUCAGAUUGGCAAGGUCAGGGACGAAUUGAUGACGGACGCAGUUCAUCGGAGCGAGCUUUCGAGUCGAGAAGCUUGGUCCUGCGAAACGAGCGAGCCAUCUCGUCCAGAUGAGGGCACGCGCAAGUCUCGCCGACGUCAAGCCGCGCCCGUAGCUCCCGAGCCAGGCUCGAGCUAUUACUUUUAUCAAUCGACCCUCGGUGCCAAUGUCUUCCUUCAUCCUCUCGACAUUCGCAUCCUCCUCUCCCAUUUCAAAUCUUACUCGCUUUUUCCGCGGAGCCUCUCUUUUAAGUCAUCUGGUUUCGACCCCGGGACAGUCAACGAGGAUCUCCGCAAGCGCUGUAAAUAUCUUGGACACUUGCCAGCCGGCACCGAGGUCAUUUUUGUCGAGGCGGAAUUAGAGGACAUUGUCGGGAAAGAGGGUCUUGCAGCGUUUGAACAACCACUACGCACCCGGCGUGAGAAGCGGCGGGCAAGAGUUCGGAAAGAAGAUCGAGCUAAGACGCGAUGGGAACAGCAGGAGCGUGCCAAGGUACCUCGAGGCGUUUCGCGAGACGAACAAGCUCUCGCGGAGGCUCUCACUGCAUCCGAGACCUUGUGGACCGAUUUCGGUUCGAGCCUCGGGGCGGGCUCUUCUAGGUUGGGACCUUCACCUGGGACUUCACCGACUUGGGGAGAUGCUGGACGGACAUUUGCGUCAACACUCUCGUCCGCUGCCAUACCCAAGAAGCGGGUCGAGCGAGGCGAGCGAAGAGAGGCCCAGGAGGACGUGAAUGCCGUCUGGGAUGCAUUCAAUAGCAUCACCAUCAGAGAGAGUGAAAAGGGAGGAGGAGAGGCACCGACACAUGGUGGGAGGAAGGGAGGCAAGAAGGGAGCUAAGAAGACUCUUGUACUGGGCGGCGGAGGUCGUGGUGCAAGAUAGCGGAAUAAAGAUCAGGUUGUAUCUAACUAUGAAUGCGAACAUCCCGUGUUGCUC